AUGACACUCGUUGCUGUUCAAAUAUUCAAAAGCUUUGAAGGCUACAUCUCCACCGAAGAGGAUCGUUGGUCAACGAGAGUUAUAGCCAGGCUCGUAGCCCAAAAUUUGCAAGGAGGGUUGGCAACAGCACCGAGGAGGAUUACUGGACGUCGAGAAUCGCCGCCAAAGUCGCCAAGGAAUGCCAGUCUACAUCAUCACCGAGGUGGGUCACUAGACAACGAGGUUCGGCGUCGAUCAGGAAUUGUCGCCCAAAAUUGUGAAGGCCUCACCACCAUAGAAGAGGAUGCUGGAUGUCGAGGAUCGCCGCUGGAGCAACAAGAUCGUCGCAAUGGAUAUUACAGGUAUAUGUUUUACACGUUUAAGUGUCUAAUCAUGUUUUUUUUUUUAAUGUACUUAGGAUGGUCCAUAUCACCACCGAAGAGGGCAACUGGACAACGAGGUUCGCCGUCGGAGCCACCAGGAUCGUCGCCUAAAAUUGUCAAGAAGGUGUCAUUGUCGCCGAAGAGGAUCAUUGGACAACGUGGUUCGCUGUCGGAUCAACCAGGGUUGUCGCUUAAAAUUAUCAAGAGGGCGUCACCACCAUCGAAGAGGACGCUGGACAUCAAGGAUAGCUGUCGGAGCUACAAGGAUUGUUGCCCAAAUAGUCCAGAGGGCCUUACCACCAGCCAAGAGGGUGCUGCGUAUCGAUGAUUGGCGUUGGAGCAACAAGAUCGUCGCCAUGGAUGUUUCAGGUGUAUUUUUUACACGUUUAUCUAAUCAAUGUUUUUUUUUUUUUAUAUAUUUCGCAGGGUCCGUUUUCGCCCAAGAGGGUUACUAAAUGUGGCUCGUCGUUGGAGCAACGGGAAUUGGCGUCCAUCCCUGAGAUUCGCGCCCUUAGGUCGAUGGAAAAAUUAAGCUGAUAAGAACGAACAACCCGCUGUGCAAGCAACCGGCUCGAGCAAUACGGGUUUGUGGGGCUGACUCUGGUCCUACAGUAUUCCUCAACGAAUUGGAUGUAUUGCAACAUUAUCUCACAAAUAUGUCUGAACAUGGAGCUCUUCACAGCAGUUUUUUCUGAGUGCAGAAAGUUAGGCAAACCAAAGAUACCGAAUAUUGAAGACGUGAAGUGAACGCAAAUCAAACAAAUCAUCAUUGACUUGCCGCAGGGUUAAAAUGUUAGUGGGGUAUAAUACAGCAUGCGACUAUAAGGUAUCAAUAUAUAAAGCCUUGACCAUAGAAGGGAAAAUCAAGGGUAUAGUAGAAAUCCUUGGUCGGGAAAAUCAGACCCGAACCGUAAGUUGUAGUUCAUUCCAUUAAUUUCACUUAAAAAAGAAAAAGAAAAUCACAGUAGUUCGUUCACCUGCAAGCGAUAUGCAUUAGUGUAGGUCAUUGCUUGAAAUGAUGGUGCAGUAAUUCGGAGAAUUUGAAUCUUCUCCAAGCUGGAUAUGUUUUAUUAUUAUUUUUUUUUAUACAAACUGGCUAGGAUAACAGCUGUUAAAUGAACUGGGGAUUUGUAAAUAAUAUAAACAACCGAUGUAAAAUAUAAAGCACUUCUAAUGUGCCGGAUGGGGAAUAUUGGUAUUAGAUUAAAUAAUCGUUGACGGUCAUUGUAAGAAAGAAGAUUGUAACUAUGUUACUUGAGUUGUUCUAUAAUGAUAGUAAUUAUUUAUGAGAAAUCUGUACCUUAAUUAUUUAAGUGUUGAAUAUUUUUUAAUUAUUAAAAAUAUUUAGAAAAAAUAAACAUUGGGGUUUAGGUUAUUGGAAAUAGGUUACGAACAUUAAUAAUAAUCGCGCUUGGUAUUUAGUUGAUGUAGUUUUAUUAAUAACGAUUGCGUUCAAAACACGCUAGUCGCUUGUGAUCGGAUUACAUAUCCAAGAAAAAUUGACGGGGCUAAUAAAACAACAGCCCGUUAUCUGCUCCGUAAAUUAUGACAACCCGAUCGAAUCAAAUAAGUAAGUAUAAAUAAAUAUGUAAAUAAUAAAUAAUGAAUUUAAGUCGGGCGGUUUCCCUUAGCAAUAUUAGAUACUUUGCAACGCUGUUAAAAUGUUUGUACAUGAAAAUGCUCAGUCUCGUCCGUGACCUUGUCAACUCUGUCACAAUGUCAUGUUCUAAAAUCAGUAAACAGGCUGAGCUAAUCUUGCAACAAAUGAGACUUCAUCUUGGAUUUACACUGUCUUGAACAAAAGAUACUCUUUUUAAUGACUGUUCAAACACUGAAAUUCAUGGAUAAAUCGAAUGAUGGAACUUUUCUAUUUUUUGAUGUUAUUGUACUUUUUGUUGUUUUUAUUACUUAAUUUUUUAUUUAAUUAAUUUAAUAUUUUAUUUACUCUGGUGUCUACUCUCUCCCGCGUGAAAGGAUUGUUUGUAUUAAUUUAGU